CCAAUCACCAUUUCAAACUCAUAACCUCUUUAUAGCCCCAGAUACAGUAGCCCCCAGAUACAGUAGCGCAUUCCUAGCCAUGUCAGCACCUCCAGGAGACGAAGACUUUACCGAACUGUCUCCCUCACAGGCAUUCAGGCCCCGUAAUCCAGGUGUGGUCCGCACGCCUCCAGGGGGUCAUAAACCUCUCCCAUCACAGUCCACUUCUUCAGCUACUCCUGCUGCUCCUGUAGCUACAGCACCCGAGGCGAUGGAGACGGAUGAUGCAGGGACACGACAAGCAUCUUCCUCUAGGACCCCAUUGAAAGCGAAUCAGGCCAAUACAUUCGAAACCCCAGGUCAAGGGAAUGAAGGCGAGGCUGGACCAUCUCAAGAUAUGGAUGUUGAAGCUACGCGUACGCCUCGUUCGACGCGAAAGAACCGACCAUCAGCUCAGAAGCCAAUGGAGGAUGUAUCGGGUAUGGACCUUGAAGGCGACGAAUCGAUCGAAGAGGGAGAGUACGGGAGAAGGUGGAGGAAAACGAUGGAGACUUUGGAACUGGCUACGAAAGCUGCAGCUCAAAAGUGGACUGCCAAAGAUCUCAAACAGAGCUUCCCAAGCCUCGCAGAGGAUGAUUCAGGCGAGAUGGAUGCGAUAUGGCUUCAAGCCGCUCAAACGAUGAGAGAGCGAUUACUGGAGCUCGGCAUGGACGUUAUGAAGCACUACAAGGUCCCUAGUUCCUUACAACAGAUUGAUCAAGUGGUCAAGGAGGGCGAGACCUACGCCCAAGAACACAGAAAGGAUAAACACGGCAGGAGAGAUGCUUGGCGACCCGACAUCACCCCUGAGAUCCUGACGGCUGCUACGCAGCUACCACUGUACGAUGAGACGCACGCGAGGAUAAGGGAUGAAUAUGUGUUGCUACACGAAGACUGUCGCAAACGAUACCUCUCCAUUCUUGAGAAACAAGCUCGACUAGAUGAGAUGGAAGGUGGAGUCGCGGAGGGCAUUGCAGAGCUGGAAAAGACCAUCUCAUUGCUUGGAGGCUUCCCGAGUGAAGAGAUGAUGGUUUGGAUGGAGGAAUCAUCAGCUAUGACUGCCGGAGUCAGAGAUCAAAGACGAAGGCAAUCUAGCCGGUGACGCCUACAAUCAGCGUAUUGGGCUGGCGGGAUCAA